AUGGAAAAAUCCUUCGAGUCUCCGUCUCUAUCUUGCGGAGGCAAAUCCAAGAAGAAGCUUCAUUUCCGAAGCUCUGAAGUUGAAUCGCCAGAUUCAGUUCAACUGAGCUCCAAGACGCCGGAGAAGAAGACACUGCAGCGCACGCGCAACCGCGGCGUUGCGCUCUCCGUCGCGGAAAUCAGGAAGGUCGCGGAGCGCUUGCAGGAUCGGAAGCAAUGCAAUGAUAAGACUUCGUCGCAGGUUAAAUCUGCUAGGAGGCAAAUUUCUUUGCCUUCCCCUAGUAAACCCAAGACUUUUUCUGAUGAUACACUGAAGCUACCCAAAAAGUAUGAAUUUUUGGGAGAGUUCUUCGAUAGCUUGGAUAGUUCGAUUCGAUUAUUGCAUUUGAAGGGAUCGAUGCCGUCCUUUACAAAUAUCAGUCCCAAGAUUGAAUGUUUAACUGAUAGGAGGUUUACGCAUGGCCAUCUGGCCCAGAUGAAAUUUGUCUUACCUGAGGCUAUUGUUAUUAAGAAGGUGUUGGUGUUUGAUGAACGGACAAGUUGUAUGAAGCCGGAUCUUCAUGUUACUAUAAAUCCUGAUGCGGUGGAAUCUGAUGCAAAGGCGUUGCCUCAAUGCGGGAGUGUGUCGCUCAGGAAGUUGUUUCGCACACGGCUCAGAGAUUUUUGUAAAUCUCAUCCUGAGGGUGAUGAAAUUCCAGAGGAAACACUGCCUGAGCCAUUCAAUCACCCAAAGAAAGACAGUCUAUUGGACAUGUUGAAAACACGGUCCUCAUCUCUGGCUACAGGGACAUUAUCUGAUGCAUGUGAAGCUCAUUCUCCAGCAAUUUUGACUCCAUGUAUGAAGAAUAAUGACGUUGCCAAUGAUGCAGAACCUGGUAGCAUAGAAGAAAAUUUGUCAGUGCCUAUCACGACAUCGGCUGAAUUGCUUUACCAGCAGCCGGCAGUAGCCUCUCAUGUGCCUCAAUCUUUUCGAAGGCGAUUUUCUCAGAAAUGUAAAGCGAAUGGGGCAGAUAACGUACAGCAAAAGCCUCCUUCAGAUUCAUUACCACCCCUGGCUUUUUCAGUUUCAGUGUCUAGCCUGAAGAAAAAUCCGUCUGUUGAUGGUACUAAAUGUCAUCUGAGAGCUUUCCCAUCUAAGUUGGCUUCCAAAACAACUAGUAGUGAAAGGUGUACAGCUAUGUGUGCCUCUUUGGAAUCAUCCAAUGCUCCCCCUUGUACUCCAAGCAAAACCAUUGAGCAUAAAGAAAACAAAGAUGGGUCUCUAGAAAGCGUUGAUGCCAUGUCAACUCCAGCUAAAUUUAUUUCUACUCCGUCCAGGUUGAUGACUGCCACACCUGCCUUGCCUUCACCCAAAAGACAUUUUGUGAGCCCAGAUGACAAUUCUACCAGUUCUUUGAAUAAGUUAGUUAGGCGCCCACCUCGUUCUAGGUCAUUGAAAUUUGACUCUCCAGUGAAGAAUAAGGAGACUGUGAAUGAAGACAUUGCUGGUGCCUUACCAAUAGAUGAUGAUGUUUUUGAAAUUCUCCCAGAAAAUCUUAUAAAAUCGAUUAGGGAAAAGGAAAAAAUGGCAAUGGAGGAAAGAGAUCCUACUAUCUCACAAGCAAAGAGACGGAAAAAAAUUAUUGCCAGCCUACCUAAGCUGUUUAACAUGAUUCACCUCUUGUUUCACAAGCGUUCUGUUAUCACUAAAGAGGAGCUUGUGAGCAAGAUAAUCUCAAACCACUGUGAUAUUGUUGACAGAAGUGAAGUUGAAGAACAGAUGAAAUUGUUGCAAGAACUAGUACCUGAAGGGAUUUCUGAGAAGUUGGCCUCUAGUGGGGAUUUCCUAGUCUGCAUAAAUAAAAUGUUGAACCCUGAAACUGUACGAGCAUCACUUGAAGAAGCAAAGUGAGCAAGGAGACAAAUUUAUUUAAAAGUACUUGUAGAGGUUUAUGAAGCCCAUGAUGAAAAUUGUCUUUUGGGCUGCUUGUAGAUGUUCAAUUUAUUUUGUCGUGGG